CUUCAAGCCUGAAAAGAUCACAAAAUCAACUAGAAGAUUGGAAGGAAGACGGAAGAAUUAGAAAGGUGUUCGAAAUUUGACAUGCUCCUAUUUCAUUUAUUUUCAUUUAUGUUCUAUGCUUCUCUUCUUUGUGUAGAGGUCAUCGGAUAUGACGACUUUGGCAAAACCUGUGUUGUGUCUCACAAUGGUCUCAGGAAGAUUCAUGGCGCACAGCCUGUCGCUUGGUCGGAGGAGUUAGCCAAGGAAGCCACGGAAUGGUGCGAAAAACUCGCUAUGCAAGGCGACCUAGGAAACGACAACACAACAAUGGACUCAAAAAACAGGGGAGAAAAUAUCGCUGCUACGUCUUUGACUAACUCAAAGAGCGGCGGCCCAAGACCCGAAUUGUGUGCCAUGGCUGUCGACGAGUGGUACUCGGAAAUAGUGAACUACAAUUUUGAGACGGGAUUGCCUAAAUCUCCUGGAUUGCCUAUCAAACAUUUUGCUCAG